CUCUCGCUCUCUGCAUCUCCCUCACUUGUUCCUCAUCUCUCCGUCUGCUUUUAUUCAUUUCUGUGUAUGGGCAAAGCGGGAUAACAUGGACACUUUGGUUCUUUUUAUCCUUCUAAUACUUCUGUUUAUUCAGUGGACGGCUGCCCUUGCUGCUGAGGAAAUCACCUGGACCUACACGGGCUUGGUUGGUCAGAGCGAGUGGUCAGAUUAUUUCCCAGACUGUGGUGGUACCGCACAGUCCCCAGUUGAUGUGAUAACCACCCAGACUAAAUAUGACCCCAGUUUGAGCCCGGUUACUCCGCUGGGCUACAGCCAGCACGGCAACCAGCCCUUCACUCUGUACAAUAACGGGCACACAGUGGUGACUGAACUGCCACAAUGGAUGGGACUCGGGGGGCUCCCGUGGCUCUUUACAGCAGUACAAAUGCACCUCCACUGGGGCAAUGGCGGAUCAAAUCACGGGGGCAGUGAACACACCAUUAACGGAGAGAGUACAGAAGCAGAGCUCCAUGUGGUGCACUACAACUCUGAACUCUACCCCAACAUGUCUGCAGCGAUGACCCAGAAAGACGGUUUGGCAGUUUUAGGAAUUUUCAUCGUGACAGGUGAGGAGACAAACCCGGCAUUUGACAACAUCCUCAACUACCUGAGUCGCAUCAGACAUGCAGACCAGAAAGCGUUCAUCCCAGCCUUUGACGUCCAGUCUUUGCUUCCUAAGGAUCUCGGGCGAUACUACCGAUACAAUGGCUCCCUCACAACGCCACCGUGCCACCAGAGUGUCAUCUGGACGCUGUUCCAUGAAAGGGUUCAAAUCUCAAUGGCACAGCUGCUGAAGUUGGAGACGAUUCUUUACUCCAGUAAAGCCGAAGAAAAAGACAGGAUGCUGCUGCAGGAAAACUAUCGUAUGACACAGCCACUCAACCACAGAGUCAUGUUCACCUCCUUCUCUGCAGAAUCGGGGAAGGAGCUCUCUUCUGGGGAAGUAACGGCUAUAGUGAUAGGAGUGAUGUGUGGCUGUGUAGGCCUGGCGGUUAUCAUUCGCUUCAUCGUGAAGACGAUACGAUUUUUUAAACUCCUCCACCUUGAAACAGUUGUGGUAAACAGCUCUACUUCUAGCUGGGAUGUCCUGCACAAUAACCGGCCCACUCCUAUGCCAAGGACAAAGGAGUCGGAGAAAGAAAAAGAGAAAAAGCAAGACAUGGCUCUGAACUCGACUUCAGAAGCAGAAAAGAAAGAAGAGCCCUUGCCGUCACCUCACAAUGAGCCCUAGCUGACAGUAACAUCAAACACUGUCCCGCUCAUCAGUGAGUUUAUUACUGAUCCAGAUCUCCUCAAGGGAGAGAAGGCAACAUGUUUUCACUUUAUCAUUUACAGAAGGCUCAAAGAAGAAGAAGCAGCUUGUAUAAAAGUGAAGGGACCUGGACACAGGAAAAGCCACCAGCUUCCCUGACCGUUUCUGUCUUUCUCAGUCUUUCUUCAGUUUGCACAUGAAGCACUUGGUGUAAAUAGGCAAUUUUGCUGGUUUACUUUCAGGCUCUUGCAUGGCUGGAAUAUAUGACUGACUCAUGUAAAUACUUUGGGAAAUAUAUAUUCUGUUGUUUUGUUUUUUUUUUUCAUGAUUGGAUGACAUUUUAUUUUGUUCACUUUGUUCCUUGAAAUGUAAGCACACUGCACUAUAUGAAAUGUAACAAACUUGUUUUUUUGGUGCAUUCAUUAUCUGCAUAAUGUUUUUUUUUAUUUUUCGCUAAAACUUAAAGAUUGAAGCACAUUUGGCAUUAAAGCACACAAGAGAUGAAACAAGUUUGAUUUGUACUGAAAGCAGAUUAUUUUAUAAAUGUGUUAUUUAUGUGCAUUUAGUUAUUCUGUGGAGAGUUUGGGUGCUAUACGUCAUUUUUGUGUGUGUGUGUGUUAUGACUGUGUGAGAGUAUCUGGCUCACAUUACAGGCAGAAACCACAACUUCACCCAUAAGUAGCCUGAUCUCUGCAACUCUGUCUUAGAAAAGCAUUAAAGUUGAUU